AUGGCGAGGCUCCCGGUGUUCGACCUGCUGGUGCUUGUGUUGGCUAAGGCGAUUGGAAUGGUUCCUCUUCUCGCCCCGCACGCAUAUAUACCCAUACGGCCAUACGAGGGAAAACAUUGGGGCAUUUUCAUCUGCUGGCUUCUGGGGAAUGGAUGCCUCUUUGGGUUCAACAGCAUGCUUACUAUUGAAGAUUACUACACAUACCUCUUCCCGAAGUAUCACCCCACUAGAGUUGUCACACUUACAUAUCAACCAUUCAUCCUCGCCACAACUGCCAUAUUCACGCAUCAUGAGGCAAAGGUCAACACUAGGUUGCGCAAUUUGGCGGGGUACACACUAUUCUUCUUCAGCUCAUUUGCAGCAAUCAUUCUGGAUAUUGCAACUUCAGGAAGAGGUGGAAUUGCCCCCUUUGUUGGCAUAUGUAUCAUUGCUGCUGCUUUUGGGGUUGCUGAUGGUCAUGUUCAAGGUGGGAUGACGGGUGAUCUCUCUCUGAUGUGCCCAGAGUUCAUCCAGUCCUUCUUUGCUGGACUGGCUGCAUCAGGAGCGAUAACCUCUGCGCUGAGGCUUGUAACUAAAGCAGCUUUCGAGAGUUCCCGAGAUGGACUUCGCAAAGGAGCUAGGCUGGAUGAUCAUGCUAACGUUGUUCCUCGGUUUGAGCAAUGGCUAUCUCACCGUGUCCUCACUGAGGCACCCAAAGGGUACAAGGGACCAGAACAAAACGCUUUGGGCAACUUGCUUGUGCUUUGCCUCCUGGGUGGCAUCUUCAGCGGGGCCGUUCUCGACUGGGUGUGGCUCAUAGGCAAAGGGUGGUGA